AACUGACUAACAUUACGACGCGAGACUAGUAUUAAAUGAACAGCCUCAUUUAUUUGAAAGUAUUGAUAUUUUACAAUGUUUUUACGUGAAAUAAGUGCCUAAUUAAUUAAAGAAUAGUGUUAUUGUGUAAGUGUUAUUUUGUUAAAUGCUUUCGAGAUGUCGAAGAAUAAAAUUGCUGCUCGAAUCGACAGUCAAAGUGUUGAAGUAAAAACUAAGUUUGAUGCAGAAUUCCGUCGUUUCUCACUAAGUAGAACAGAAAAACUAAAAUAUGAGGAGUUCAAAGCUCUAAUUGAGAAACUUCACAGACUACACGACGUUGCCUUCCUCAUAAGUUACACGGACCCUCGAGAUGGAGAUCUUUUACCGAUCAACAAUGAUGAUAAUUUUGCAAGAGCUUUACUCACAGCGAGGCCUCUACUUAGGGUUAUUAUACAGAGGAAAGGGGACAGUCUGGAAGAGCUCAACGGCUACGGAACGAUGCGACCGCGGAACAUAAUCUCGUCGAUACUCAGCGGAACGCCCGCCAAGAACAAGGGACUCGCGAUUUCAAAUCCUCACGAUUUUAGGAUGGUAUCGGCAAUUAUAGAUGUAGAUAUUGUACCAGAAACAUGCAGAAGGGUGAAGUUACUCAAGCAUGGAUCCGACCGACCUCUAGGAUUCUUUAUACGAGACGGCACAUCGGUACGUGUGACUCCAAAUGGAGUGGAGAGAUCUCCAGGCAUCUUUAUAUCAAGACUAGUGCCCGGAGGACUGGCCGAGUCGACGGGUUUGUUGGGUGUCAACGAUGAAGUACUAGAAGUUAAUGGCAUAGACGUAUCGAACAAAACACUGGAUCAAGUGACGGACAUGAUGGUGGCGAACUCCUCCAACCUCAUCAUAACGGUGCGGCCCGCCAACCAGCGCGCCGGGCCCGCGCCCGCCGACACGCGCCACGAGCCCAGCGAGCCCGACGAGGACAGAUUCGACCAAGAGGAUCAAGACGAAAUCGUCGAUUUAACAGCGGUAACAUUAGAAGAUCAACCCGACCCAACAUUCCCGCACAUUCCGAGCAAAGACGACGGGCAGAUACUACACCUAUAGUACAUACUCCAGAGGUACCGCCGCGGCACACAAGUAAGAGACAUUCCAUAGUGCUAUGUGCAGUGAUCAUUCCAUUUUAGAUUCUAAAUAAAUAGGCAAUAAGAGUUGAUAUCGUGUGUACUUAAAAAUAUUUUUUCACUGCUGUAGAAUCGAAGAAAAAUUCCGUUUAUAAAGGUAGUAAAUGUGUCAAAUAGUUGGUCUUUAAAAGAAUUUGAAGUCUUUAUAUUCGUAUUAAAAUUUUCUCAGUCUCUCGCUUAUAAAAUUGUUAUACAUUUGCGACUUUGAAAUGAAAACGAAAGUGUAAAUUAAUAAAAAUAAAAAUAAAAAAUUAAAAAAUUAAAAUUGUGUUCAACUUUGAAACAUAUCAAUUUGGAAUCACUAUUAUAAUUAGGUCAUAUACUU